CAUUUUCACCAUUAGUUUAACAAAGACAUAAUGGGUAGUCUCCAUCAUCAUCAUCCAUUAAUUCUGCAACUUCUCUCUGUUCUAUGUAUAAUCUCAAGCUUCUUCCCCUUCUCUGCUUCAAAGAUCCUAGACACUCGAAUUGUUGAAGAUUCAAGGCCUAUGAUCUUAUUCGAGCAAUUCGGGUUUGCAAGAUUCGGUCAUGUCUCCAUUUCUAUUAAAGAUGUUUCAUGGAGAUCAAAGCACCCAAAUGUAGAACUAGACCCAUCUUCAAUGGGAUUCAUUCUAUUAAGAGAAUCAUCAUAUGCAGAGAUCUUGAAUGAAUCAGAAUAUACAAACCAUUUCUGUGUUGUAUCAAGCUAUUAUGUGAAAUUACUCUUCAAAUUCGAUCAACUCAACCUUAAUUUGACGUAUAAUGGUACAAUCGUCGUCGAUGAUCCUGAUGAAUACAGUUUAGUUUUCGGAAAUUGUCAACCCGAAUUCGAAGUAUCUAUGGAUGUUCACACACAAAUGUAUAAUCUGAAGAAUGGUAGAAAGGAUUUCCUUCCUGCAGGACAAACCCAAUUGCCAACUCUUUAUUUUAUCUUCUUUCUUAUAUAUUCAAUCUUCUUCUUUAUUUGGGUUUUUAUCUGUAUCAAGCAAAGGCCAACUGUAGAUAAGAUUCAUUUAAUAAUGGGUGCUCUGCUCAUUGUAAAGGCUCUUAAGAUAAUCUGUGCUUCUGAGGACAAAUCAUUUGUAAGAAGAACAGGGUCUCCUCAUGGUUGGGAUGUAGCCUUCUAUAUCUUUAGCCUUCUUAAAGGUAUAAUGUUGUUCACUGUGAUUAUCCUUAUUGGUACUGGAUGGUCCUUCUUGAAACCUUACCUCCAAGAUAGAGAAAAGAAGGUUUUAAUGAUUGUAAUACCAUUGCAAGUUCUUGAGAACAUAGCUUCAGCUGUGAUCGGCGAAACGGGUCCGGCGACAAAGGACUGGAUGACAUGGAACCAGUUGUUCUUAUUGAUUGAUGUAACAUGUUGUUUCGCCGUAUUUUUCCCGAUCAUCUGGUCGAUUCGGAGCCUUAGGGAAGCAUCAAAGAUUGAUGGAAAGGCAGCAAGGAAUCUAGCUAAGCUUACACUUUUCAAGCAGUUCUACAUUGUUGUUGUGAGUUACUUAUACUUCACAAGGGUUGUGGCUUCUUCAAUAGGGGCUAUUAUUAAUUACAAAUUUGAAUGGCUUAUCACAGCUGCAAUGGAGAGUGCAAGCUUGGCUUUCUAUGUAUUUGUCUUCUAUAACUUUCAGCCUAUAGAGAAGAAUCCAUAUUUUGUGAUUGAUGAUGAGGAAGAAGCUGCUGCAGCCCAGUUAGAAUUGGAAAAUGAUGACUCCUUUGAAUUAUGAUCAGUUUGGAAUUAAGGUAACUUCCUCUCAGAAUUUACCUAAAUUGUGUACAGUGAUCAGAGAUGAUAAUCACCAUUUAAACUCAGAAAUGUUUGGAGGAGCAGUUAAUUUCCUCUCAAGAUAUUGUAAUUUUCUUCCAUUUUGUAUUUUCAUGCAAUUAUUUUUUGUCCAAAUGUAACACACAAUGCAGAGAUCAAUUAAGAUAGUUUCUUCUUGUGAAUGUAUUCAUGAAUGCAAAAUGUUUCUUUUCUUUGAA